AUGGAUGAAAUUUAUAAGAUCGCUUCCACAGAAAGGAUCCAGCAGUUAGAAAAAGAACUGUCUGUGCAACUGACUGAACUGAAGUCUGCAAUAGAAGAACAGGGGACUCAUGGAGCUUACAGCUCUGUUCGAAUACCAAAGGACAUUUCUUACUUUAGAAGAGAAAGGGAACUGGCUCUAAAGAAAACUUUACAGGUGGCUGAGUCAAAGUCCCUUGUUGUUCAAGCAGAUGUCAUGCAGAGGGAGCUAGAGAGCUGCCUAAGAAGAGAGUACACUCCUGAAAAUUUACCUUUGCUUCUGUUGCAGAAACAAGUUGCCUACAUUAUGCAGGAGUAUAAUGAUGCCGUUCAGAGAGCUGAAAGAUUGUCUGUUGCACGGGAAAACUUCCUAAUGGGAAAAAACAAUCCUUCUAACUUAGUGACACAGGAAGACCUGACUAUUUACACAAAGUGGUUUGUGUGUCACCUACACUCACUCAGGACUAUUCACCACUACUUACAGUCCCUCCAGUACUUGCCCAUCUCCAAAGUGCUGAGUGUAGCUGUCGAUGAAGUCCCUGAGGCUGGUCAGGAGAAUGAAAAGGUCUGUGUCAAUGACAUGAACCCUAACAACCAGGGUUCUGCAUCUCCAGGCUCGGUGGAUACCAGCAUUUCAGGGCUGACAAGAACAGAAGCUGUUUUUUUCCUGCCCCAACACACGACUGAAAGAGAAGAACUGACACCUCAGCUGGGGCUCCUGCUCUCCCAUUUCAAUAUCCCCUAUGAUGUGGAGGAGCUGAGAGAUCCUGCUCAGGAAAUGGAACUUUUUAACUUGGUUUCCCUAAAAUUUCAAAGCAUCUUCAUGGAGCAACAGAGAAUGCAAACAUUUCCAGAUUAUGAUGCGGAGAUAGCUAAAGUGGAGAAUUUGGGUUUGGCAGGACCUGGUAUGGCCUUGAAAAAGAGAGCUAACUGGACUUCCUUUAUAAAGAUUAAGCCAAAAUGUGAUCCUUGGCAAAAGAAGAUUUUGACCAAACUAAAAGAACGGAGAAGAAUAGAUGUAUUAAUGCAACUCCAAGCAAAGUUUUUGAAGAAUGAAAAUAUGAAGGAAGAUGACCUUUCAAUGGAACAAAAUGAAAAUUACCUAGCACAAAUAAGUUGCUGCCAACAUGCUGAUGAGCCUAUCAAGCAGAAAAAAGAGAAAGGGUACAGCUAUGCAAUGGCCCUACAACUGCUGGGUUUGGAUGGUGGGACUGGGCCCAGUGAUAGGGAUCCUGUCCUGAUGAGAGGGACCUACUUGUCCUAUCUGUAUCUGCGCCACCUGCGAAUCAGGGAGCUGCAGUUAAUGUUUAUAGAUCUCAAGUGCUUCAUCAGCACAGUGUCACAUACUCCCUUUAACAACCUUUGUGGUAUCUCCACUGUCCCCAUGUUACGGAUGGGGAAACAGAGGCUAAGAGUAGCUGAGUGA